ACUACGAAAUUUUAAACCCAUUGUUAAUAAAUAAAAAAUUAAUUGCGACCAUUUAAUUUGAAUUAUUUAAUUAAAAUUUUACAUUAUUGUGAAAUUAGGUAAUUCAAGAAGAUUUUUGAAAAAUGGAGAAUGAACUAGAAGCCUAUUUUACAGAUUAUGAAGAUUUAGAGGUUCAUGAAGUUAUGUUAAAAGAUCGACACCGCCAAGAGGCAUAUUUUAAUGCGAUUAUGUCUAACAAACAUUUAUUUGAAGGCAAAGUCAUUUUAGAUGUAGGAGCUGGUACAGGUAUCCUUUCAAUGUUUGCUGCAAAAGCUGGAGCAAAAUUAGUAUAUGCUGUAGAAGCAUCCAAUUUAGCAAAAAUUGCUAUCGAAAUUAUUGAAGACAAUAAUUUAACAUCAAUUGUAAAAGUUAUACAUUCAAAAAUUGAAAAUUUUCAAUUACCUAAGAAUGAGGAUAAAGUUGAUAUAAUAAUAUCAGAAUGGAUGGGAUUUUAUUUAUUACAUGAAGGAAUGUUAGAUUCUGUUAUAUUUGCUAGAGAUCAUUUCUUAAAAUCUAAUGGUUAUAUUUUUCCACAAUAUGCGACAAUAUAUGUAGCACCGUGUUCAGUAUCUUCAAGAUAUUCAUAUUGGGAUAAUGUUGAUGGUAUUAAUAUGAGAAUAUUCGGCAAAAGAUUACGAACACAAAAAUCAAAUAAACCUGAAAUUAUUAAUAUAGAUGAAAGUGAAAUGUUAUCAAAGGAAAUUGUAAUGUCAUGGUUUGAUUUAAAAAAUAUUACAACAAAUGAUUUAGAUGAAAUACAAUAUGAGGGUGUUAUACCAUUUGAAAAAGCUGGUUUACAUCAAGGAUUUUGUAUAUGGUUUGAUUGUCAAUUUCCAAGUAAAAAUUUUGAAUCAGGUGUAAUAUUAUCAACAAGUCCAUAUGAAAAAUCACAAACACAUUGGAAACAAUGUGUUAUUGUAUUACCAGAGACUGAAUGUAAUAAAAUUGAAAUUAAAGAACCAGUAGCUUUUAAAAUUUUAAUGAAACGCAAAUCUGAUGAUAAUCGUAAAUAUGAUUUAGAAAUUGAAUUAUUAGAUGUUAAUGAUGUUGAACAUCCAUUACCAUGUGAAUGUUAUUUAACAAAAUGUAUACUCGCCAAAGCACAUUUAGAGAGUAUGAAUGUAGACCAAGAUGAUGACUGACCAAUAAACUCAAAACGAAAUUGGUAACCUUUUUGUAAAAUAGUUCAAAUAAAAAUAUCUUUGUUUAUUCUAAUAAAACUACUUUAUUAAAACAUUUUAUUAUUUGUUUUUUUUUUGCAUUUUUCACAUUCAUACGAAUUGCAAAGUGAUUAUACAACAUAAAUUUUAUUCAUAUUUUUAUAAGUUUGAAUAACUUUAUAAAUCUUAUAACUAUACUUUCAUAUUAAUGAAAAAAUUGUCAAAGAGUAGCCCAUACCAUAUUUUUGUUUUUUAUUUAAUGGAAUUAGUUUGUUUUUUGAAUAACAUUAAAAAUUGAAUAAGUAAAUAAAGUAUGUCUAUCACACAUAUAUUUU